AUGUGGAACAAUGCUGGAAAUAACUUGGAUAUUCCUGCAGAAUUAACGGUUAAUGCGGUCAACAAUGCAAACCCGUUGUUCACCGUGGUUCCAGGAGCAGGAGGAGUUGCAAAACUCGCUUCUAACGUGUUUACCCGAUUCGAAGGUAAUUAAAGAAUAAGGUGUCUGUCAGCUGUGUUUUGAUUCAAUUCAGAGCUUUAGUAAGCCUUGGAAAUCUACGUCCAGAGGGGAAAUAACGAUGGAUAUAUAUUCAUCCACUGUAGACAUAGUUCAUCUACGAUAUCGCCCUGCUCUUUAAAAAGAUGGUCAUUAGUAGUGACUAAUUUGUAGAGUAGGAAGAACUAGGCAAAAACAGCCGAGAAAUAAGAUUGAUAUUAGCAAAAAGACUUUUAAAUUGCCAAUUUUUGAUUCAUAACUGAUCAUGUAUAUUAUGAUUCCAAACAGACAUAUUGGUCGAUUACCAAGCAGUGCCGUUUGUUCUCAAUCAGCAACAUGUAAAUGACUUCAUAACUGCGGUAACCCAACCGGGAGGACCUAUGGAGGCUGCACUCAAUUAUUUAUCAGCUCAGCCAGGAUCAUUGCCUCAAGGCGUGGUAUGUCUAUAACUUAUAGAACUAUUCCUUUUUUGAAGGAGUAAGCUAUCCAUAUGUCCUGAACAUGUGAGUCAUUCAAGACGAUUCAAACUUCAGCCCUAUGGAUCUUACCGUAUGAUGCUCUUCCACUGAGUAACAGAGAACUCAAUUGUGAGCUAGCAAGAUAAUUGGUGUUCCAUUCCACACGAGAUCUCAGAUUUUCCUCUUUGUCCCUGCAAAAAAGGGACCACAUUUUUCAUUGCUCAGAUCUACCAAAUACAAAUGAUCUUGCAAUGAUCCAAAAUUAUUUGUGUGUAUUUUCUCAACGGUACCGUUUCAGUAGCAAGAGCAGGCACCUGAUGACCUUUUUUGGCCUUUAAAUAUAUCGAAGCAAUAAACAACGCCUAAUCUUACUUCUUACUACCUCUCUUCUUGACUCUGUAUUAAAAAUGUCAAGUUGAAUUUGCGCAAAGGAAGAUGUUAUUCACCUUUUCACGAGCGUGAGUCGACGAAAAAAGAAAAUCCGUGAAGGCCCAUAAAGUUGAAGACUUGACAAAUUUGUUGGAUCUCCUCCACCUCUUUUUCAUCACUUGUUCUAAAAUCAGUUGCCUGGAUCGUUCAUAUCUUUUAUGUUUAUUAACUUCACUUUCAGACAACCCUAGAACAGUUCAGAUGCGUCAUAGAGAAAUUAUGGUUUCGAAACAGCAAUGGCUUUAAACAUGUUUUUGUUGGUAAGUGCGGCAAAUAAAAUAGAUAAAUGGAUCGUAUAGAUAAGCCAGAGAAGCUGAUUGGAGGUCUUAGAUAAUCCACGAAAGAACUAAGCUACUUUACACGCUCUUGCAUUCCUCAGUACAAUUAAUAUGGUACAAAGUUGGACACACGUAUCCAUACUCAUCAAACUCUGUGCUUCCGUUUUUAUUAAUAUGGUACAAAGUUGGACACGCGUAUCCAUACGCAUCAAAUUCUGUGCUUCCGUUUUUAUUUAUCAGGAAAUCAAAUGCCCGGCAACAAUUACAAUGGAUUUCACAACUGGUACCAGUUCCUCCUUGAGCAACGAAGAAACCCUGCCCAGACGACGCACAUUGCUUUCAUUCAGCCGGCUUUCGUGGGAAACAGACUGGUCAGUAAUUUCAAGCGAAGCCCAUUGGCUCAGCUAUACAAUGUGCUCGGUGACUUUACGAGCAAAUCUUCAAAUUAGUUUCGAACAAAUUCCUCUCGAAUAUUUCAGAGGAAAUGUUCCUGCAAAAAUGCUUCUGUAUGUGUCUCCUUAAGCGGAGCUAACGAAAGGUAGCGAAAAAAGGCAAUAGCGGAAAAUCUCCCUGAAAUAAUACGAGCACGAGCCUACCAAUCCUGUGCUCAGGAUUGUUUAAACAAGACACCACGGUUGCACCUGUGAAAUUUAGAGAGUAAUCAGACGUAGCAGUAUCCUACCUUAAUCUGCAGUUCGUUUUCUUUACAAGAACCUUAAGGAAGUAUACAUGAAGUUAGUUUUCUUUUAAUUCACGGACGAGUGGAAUUCACAAGCAUACGGCUUUUUUCUUCAGAUGGUUCUCCAUGACACUGUUGUCAUUUUCGUUGGCCUUAGUAACUUAUUUUUAAAUUAUAAAGAGAGGAACACUUAGAGUCUCUUUGACCUUUUUAUUUCAGCCAAAGUUUUUGCGUCGGCUAUUAUUCAGAUGGAGAGGGGCGACCAAAGUACCACCGGGCAGCAGCAGCAGCAUGUUCGUUGGAACCAGCCCAGCAUUUGAUUUGGCCAUGUUUACUGCUUGUGUAUUGAGGGGACGUGCGCCAGGAGGAGGAGCAAUAGGAGGAAACGGCAAUAGAGUAACAGACUGUGAAUGCAACAUCCACGUACCGGCCGGAGGGCUACCGCAGAGCCUGGUACAAUUUAGGACCGUCGAGAACCCACAGAAUGAAUGGGUCGUCACCGCCUAUCCAAGAAACGUUCAAUAG